AUGGAGGGACACUACUUCAUCCGCACUGAUGGGCCGUUUAUGGACAACGAAAAUUGGAGCGCCCGAGCUUGGGAGAUGAUUCCUAACAACAAAAAAUAUAUGGAAGUCAACAUAGGACCACUUUCUGGCAGUGAGCAGUGCAAAAGUUUGGAUUUUGAUUUUCGGUUUAUGUCCUUUCGAGAAUUUUCUGUGCUUGAUCAAAUAAUGGUUCUCCGGGGAAUCUGUACGGGUUUAGAGGAACGGAAUGCAAGAGGUUGA